AUGACGUCCCUUGAACGGCGGAGAGGCCUACAAUAUUCCUCACAGCUGCGAGCGAGCUCGCCACAAAAUCCGUCAUUUCAGCUCUUGACGAAGAAUCCAGACAGUAUGAGGCGCAAAAGGAGGUCUUUCUGA